UUUUCCUUUCCUCUCUUCUUGUUCUUGUUCUCUCUCUCCCCUCUCUGUGUGCGUGUGUGUCUGUGUGUAUGUCUCUCUGUCCCUCUUUCUAAUCGUCUCCGUAUCUAUCUGUAAACCGCCUUUUUAUGUUCUCUCCUAGUUUCUCGGUUGCUCCAACAGCGGCCACUUCGUCAUUGAUCCCGAAUUCAGAUCGGCCCACCAUCUCGGCAUAAUAUUAUCCCCAUUGCUCUGUGCUAGACUUUCUCAUUUGGACAUAGUCGUCUUUCAAAUUGUAUCACAAUGACAGGCCAGAACCCCUCCAAAAACCCAGUCACUAUUGUGGUUGAGCAUUUGGACCCUGAAUUGGGGACUUGGUCGGCCUUGGAAUAUGGCUGCAUCGCUCGCGAAUCGCAUGCGGCUGGCAGCCAAUUUCUCCUUAGCUCGGUGCCCACCUCCCUGCAGAUGCCAGAAGAUUUGGCCGCGACAGAAGGAUUAAAAGUCGAGCACCGCAGCAUUGAAGAGAUUUUUGCGGAUCGAAAGUCUAAGAUCUGCCUGUUAGACCCCGCGGCUCAGGCUGAAUUGAGCCCCGCCGAUGGAGAAAUUUUUGAAGUGUUCCUUUUCGGGGGUAUCCUUGGCGAUGAUCCUCCGCGAGAUCGCACUUCGGAAUUGAGAAAGAAGGGUUAUGCUGGAAGACGACUCGGUCCCAAACAGAUGACGACUGAUACAGCCGUGCGUGUUACCCGCAUGGUUGUGCAUGAGAAAGUGCCUUUAGAAAAUAUCCAGUAUAUCGAUUACCCUGAGAUUUUAAUAAAUGAGCAUGAACGAACUGAGAUGCCCUUCCGCUAUGUGAGAGGGGAUGAUGGACAACCUAUCAUGCCUCAGGGGAUGGUUAAUCUUAUCAAAAAAGACGCGGACCAGGGCAUCGAUGAUCUUUUCUGAUCUGGGCUAUAAGCGUCCACUACAAAGUGUACAAAGAAGGGGAGAGGGAAGGACCAGAUGUGUGUGUGUGUGUGUGUGUGUGUGUGAUGAACAAACAUGGAGACUGAGAUUUGAGCAAGUUUUCCUAUUCACCUUCAUCGCCUUGCACUGCUACACAU